CGUGUCAGCUGAUAACCUACAGCACACACAGAACAUGGCCGACCUGUCAGAAAACCGAUGAGAAAACGGGACAUUAAAGCUUCGUUGUAGCGCACAGUCUUAAAAAUAAAGUGAAAAGCAGUACCCGAAGAACGUUACUGCCAAAAGAUGAGUGCAGUGUCGCCGGCCGUGCCUAACGGGCCUAACGGGCCUAGUGAACAGAACGGGACGGGUGAGCAGGUGUGGGAGAGGCCAUGGUCCUUGGAGGAGAUUCGCAAGACCAGCGCUAACUGGUCUCUGGCUGCUGACUCUGGACUCUUCCUAUUCCUCCAAGACUUCUCUCAGAGGAUGCUGUCAAAGACGCAUGAGAUUGAGAAGCAGCUGGACGGCCUAAUCCGGGACACCAAGGCCACAGACUGCUGCCUUCACACUGUCUUCAACGACUUCCUCAUGCUCUCCAACACGCAGUUCAUCGAGAAUCGCGUGUAUGACGAGGAAGUGGAGGAGCCUGUGUCAAAACCUGAAGCUACAGAGAUACAGCCAGAACAGGAGAAAACGCGAGAACAGAAGGAGGCGGAACUCAUUCCUAAAGUCCAGGAAGCGGUGAACUACGGCCUGAGGGUUCUGGAAUCUGCCUUUGAGCAGCUGGAUAUCAAAGCAGGAAACUCGGAAUCGGAAGAUGAAGAAAUCGCUGAUCGAGUUGAGCCGAUACUAGAACCAAAGGACCUGUAUGUGGACAGACCCUUGCCUUACCUGAUAGGAUCUCAGCACUUCAUGGAACAAGAUGACGUGGGGCUUGGAGACCUCUCCAGUGAAGAAAUGUCCAUAGAUAGCGACCGAGACAGCGUCAUUGACAGUGAAGAAGAUAAGAAUGACGAUCAGUCAGAUGACUUUGACCAGGAUGAAGAAGGACAAGGAAGCAUAAAAGAAAAGUCAUCGAUCGCAAGCGAGGAGGAUGAAGAAGAGGAGGAUGAAGAGGAAGACUCUGAUAUAUUUGGAGAAUCUGAUAAAGAUGAAAACGAAGAUGGACAGAGCUCCACUGGCCCUGCAUCGUUUGCAGAUGAACUGGCCGCCCGCAUUAAAGGGGAGGUGCCAAGCAAGCCAGAAGAGGAUCGCUCAUCAUUAAAAUCCUCCACCUCUGCCGCAAAGAAGAAGAGUAAAGGAAAGAAAGAGCCCAAGGCUGUUAAAUCUCAGGCUGCUCCUGAUGAUGAUGACAUGUUCAGUCCUCCAAAAAUGGAGGAUGAGGACUAUUCUCCAUUUGGCGGGAAAGGCGGUCUGUUCAGUGGAGGGAGGGGCUUGUUUGAUGACGAUGAUGAGGGCGAUUUGUUCUCCGAUGCGCCGAAACACCAGCUGGGGGGAACGAGUCCAGUACCAGCUGCUGAAGAUCCUGUAUUAUCCAAGUCCAAUAGGAAGAUUCCCACUGGGGCUGUCUCUAUAUUCCCAGGAAGCAGUCUGUUUGGCCCCCCGGGCAAUGCCUCGGGCUCCUCAGGGGGCAGGGAGAACGGAGGCGCAGCCAAGCCCCAGGCGGCCCCCACCCAGCCCGCCUCGGCCGGGCUCUUCGACGACGAGGACGACGACGAAGAUUUCUUCAGCGGCAGCACUCUGAAAAAGUCCGCUUCUGCUGGGUUUGAGAAACCCAAACAGAAGAAGGUGGAUUUGUUCGGGGGGGUCGAGGACGACGACGACGAUGAAGACGGAGACAUUUUUGGAGCGAGCUCGGGCGCUCCGCCCUCCAGACCGAGCCCAAAGGAGGCAGCUAAGGAGAAUACUCCCCCUGCACCUGAGAAAAAGAUGCCUGCAGGGGCCAUUUCUAUGUUUGGACCCGGUACCAAGAACGUCCUAGUCGAGGGUCUGAAGAGACGUCAGCCCUCCACCAACGAGGAUUCGGAGAAAUCAGAGGAGACGGUAUCCGGGCCUGAUGUUGCCAAACCGUCACCUAAGCCUGCCGUUGCCAAACCAUCACCUAAGCCUGCCGUGAAGCCCCAGAGUGGAGGGCUGUUCUCUGAUGAUGAAGACACACAGAUCUUUCCUUCUGCUGCUAAGUCUCAGACGAGGCCUGAGCCUGCUGUCCAAAGCAAACCCAGCAAAGCUCCGCUUUCUAUAUUCGAUGACGAGGAAGGGGAGGAUCUGUUUUCGACUGCGCCCACUAAAUCCAAAUCGAACCAGGGAAAAAGCGUUUCAGUGCAGAAGCCCAGCAAGCCGGGCUCCAGCGCCCUGUUCAGUGAUGAUGAGCAGGAUCAGUGGAUGAGCAGCAAACCAAGCCAGGUCAAGCCUGAUGUGAAAACAGGCAUGCGAGGCAGCAACAGCGCCCCCUCCAGUCUGCCCAGCGCUAGAGCUGCUCCAAAAGACAGCCUGUUUGACGAGGACGAUGGUGACCAUGACCUCUUCACCGCCACCAAGGAGACCAGUAAGAAGAAGUCCCAGAGAGUGUCUCUACUGUUUGAGGAGGAAGAGGAAGAUGAAGAAGGCAGGAGUUCCCUCUUUGGUUUCCAGCCACCAGCCACAGAAAGCAGUGCCCCUGAUGUGAAAGUUUUGUCUCCAGACUCCAGGCCUCCCUCCGAUCUGGGCAAACAGGAAGAGGAAGGCGUGCAUGGCACAUCGGCGCAGAGCUCGCCGCAGGGAAGUGAGGAGCCCAUAAAGAAGCUGUCAGGGGCCGUCGGCCUGUUUGGAGAACAGAAAGAGGAUGCAGCCAAGCCAACCAAGAGUCCUCUGGAGGACCCAGACAAGGAUGACUUCCUGUAUAAGGACAGCCCUCCUCCCAUGGAGGAAGAGCCCAGAGCCAAGAAGAAUGUUGUGAGCCUGUUUGACGACGACGAAGAUGAUGAGGAAGUAGAGGAGGCUGUGUCUACUUCCAGCCAGCCAGCUGCUAAGAACACGCUCAAGGCCCAGGAGCAGAGGACCCGCACCAAAAGCACCCGGGUCUUCCAGGAUGAGGAGCUGCUCUUCACCCAGAAACUGCAGAAGGACAACGACCCGGACGUGGACCUCUUCUCCACAUCCGUGAAACCCACCAAAGUAGCAGAGAAGCCUAAGAAAGAGGAAGCCCCCGCCCAGCAAGCCCCCAUCCAGCGAGCGAGCACACCUGUGUCUACAGACGCUCAGAAACCUACAAGUCCUGUAAAAUCUAAAGAACCCUCCUCACGGAUUGGAAAGCUCCAAGCUAACCUGGCCAUUCACCCUGCUAGCCUCCUCCCGGGCGCCGUCCCUCGUCUUCCUGGGGCGGUCAGCGUUCUCCCCAGCCUGGCGCCCCCGCCCCCCCAGUCUCACCCCUCAACCCCUGUCCUGGGACAGCCUCCCAGCCCCGCCCUCGCCUCGGUGACCCAGGCGGACAGCGAGGGGGGCGUGAGCUUCGAUACCCCUGCCCAGGUCACCACGCUACAGAGUGCUAACAAGGGUCGUGCCAGAGCAGCUGGGCAGCGGCGGCCGCAGACGCGGGCAGCCAGGCAGCUGGCGGCCCAGCUGUCUGACGAGCUCAGAGAGGAAGGCCAGGAGGAGGGUGGAGCCAGCAGGGCGGGGUCCAGCGUGGCCACGCCCUCCUCUCCUCCCACCGCGAUCAGCGGAGCUCCUCCCAACCCCUCAGCCCCCAGACUGCCAAUCUUCGCCCCAGCAGACAGCGAGGGCGCCAAGCCCAAGAAGCCCCCCACCUCCACCGCCACCGCUGAAGACCACCUCUUCGGGUCUGACAACCUCUUCGCCCCCAUCAGCAAGCAGGCGCCCUCGCCAAAGCCAAAAUCUGCAAGCCCGGAGCAACCAGCCAGGCCGGGCCUAAAGAAAGAGGAGGUCUCGGCCAUCUUUGAUGACCCCGGUGGAGACCUCUUCCAGACAGCCAGGCAGAAACCCGCCAAGAAGCCCAAGGCCAUGCCCUUCCUGGAUGAAGAGGACAACAACAUUUUCGGAGUGGAAAGGAGCACCGCUGUCACGGUUACAAAAGAACCUCCCACAGAAUCCAACCCCUCAAAACAGGACAUUUUUCAGGAUGAAAAGCAAGAAGCUCCCAAGAAGCGGAAAGGAAAAGCUUUGGAUGCGAGCUUAUUUGAUGAUAAUGUGGACAUCUUUGCUGACUUGACUACCACAAUAAAACCAAAAGAGAAGAAGUCAAAGAAGAAAGUCGAAACAAAAUCUAUAUUUGAUGAUGAUAUGGAUGACAUAUUUUCCUCUGGGACCGUAAAACCAGUGGUGAAGCCCCAGUCCAAAUCAAAGAAAAGCCAACCAUCCAAGGACGCCAAUGUGGCAGAAGAUACAUACCACAGCAUUUUUGAUGACCCCCUGAAUGCCCUGGGAGGAAAGUGAAGCAUCUCAAAUGUCAAAAUAGUAAUACUGUGCCGAAAGACUUGUGAUCUGAAGAGCCCGACUCGGGUAGGGUGUAUUAGUGCUGCCCAUAGACUGUUUAUAAACUUCAGUUAAUAAUCUCUACAGAAAAUUAAACUAGUUCACAUAAAUUAACCACUAACUCACAUUGAUAUUCUGAAAGCAUCACUGUUUAAAGAUUUGUUAGCAAUUGUUAACUGUGAUCAGAUAUAUUUCCAUCUGUUUUGUUAUUUUCCAUUGUAGCACUUUAAGCAUAUGUUUAUCUGUCAACAAAUAUUUAAAAAAUAAAAUGCUAAAAUUAUGCUGAAGACCAUUAUAUUUCAUCAGGUGUUAUCAUAUUCAAAUUCGCUCUCCCAUGUCUGGAUGUAUCAUUGCAAAAUUACUAAAUCUAUUUGUUUUUCCCAACUGUACCAUGCAGGCUUUAGCUAAAAACUGUUGAAGUUCUUCAUUUGUGCUAUAAAUUACAUUUUUUUAAAAACUGUUUGUGAGGGUUUAAAUGUCGGGAGAGGUUUUCUUUCAUUUUGAUGUGAAAGACAGCAGCUAUUGUUUUUAUCAUUGUUGUUUUUAUUAUUUAAUGUGAAAUCAGUUACUUAUUUCCAGAUUAUAUAGUAGGAAAUAUAUACAGAAUGAAUAUGCUUAACCCCAUGUCACGCAUAGGUAAUAGUACCUGCCUGGUAGUUGAUGAACGGCGGGUAGAUUACAUACGCGUCGGAAGUAAAUGGUUAAAGUAGUUGCGCAAAACAGUAAGAAAGCGGCUCGUCGCGAUCUCGCCAGUUUCAAAUGUCAAACGCUGUCUCUAGGCGUCAGGAAUACGGUCACGUGUGAAUUGUUGUUGGAGAUGAGGGGCAACAUCCGGGAGACUACAGAAUAAAAGAAUGUUCGUGCAACCGAACGUUUUUUUUGACCCGCCUCUUAAUAAUAUCACUGGUCCUUGCGUUAGCUUGGGCGAGAAAAGCGAACGCGAUUGGCUUGAUUUUAACUUCAAUUAAAAUGUAGUAAUUGCAGGUAGUACCUAAACCGGACUGGUGUAGUUGAUCGCUUAAGGGUAGCAAUUCUUGUGCAUAACAGGAUGGCUCGGAUUUAAGGUAUGCGAAUUGUACGUCGAAAUUAUUUCAGUCAUGUUUUCAGUUAAAAAUACAAUCGACUUUGAAAACAUUUAACUCUAUUUCGGUGCCAGUCAAAGACUAAAGUUGUACAGUAGAAAAGAGGCAAGGUAGCUCGAGGGUCAAGGUGUCGUUUGUGUUAGCUAUUUAGCAGCCUGCUAGCGACCUUGAGUAUCUAUAGUAGGUGUGACAAGAUGCUUACCUGGAUAGCUGCAAAUUUACCGUGGGCUGCAUAUGUUUAUUUUACUUGUUAGCGUAGGUUAAUAACCGAAUCUGGAAAAGAAGGCAUAAUAACAUUGAUCUUUGUGCAAAUAGCACCGUUGUCUGUUAGGACUUUGCUAGGCUAACGUUAUAUCCAUCAUUGUCUUCUGGGACUCUACAGGCAUGCUAAUACGGUAAGCUGAUAGAUCAAGUUUCCCUAACGAGGGCUGUGUGUGCUCUAACGUUGCUCAUAGUCUUUCUUUGGUUGCAUUUCCCAUAGAUAUGGUCUGUUGGACAGUCUUAACGUCACGGAAGCAUUUACAGGUUAGGUAUCGUUAACGUUAGUAUACGUUAGUCGAUACUUGCAUUGCGAUCUCGCUUAAUGAACGUAUUGUUUUCGCAUUUAUCAAAAUGGAAAAUUAUAAUUUAGUAAUAAACCCCUACAGGUACACCGAGUAAUCUGUCAAUCAUAACCUCUCAAUCAUACUCGCGUGCCAUAUUUAGAAAUGUGUGUGGUGUCGUCGAUACUUUUUUU